CAGACCUUCUUAACGUUGUGGUAAUAAUCUCUGUGUAUAUACGGCAGUCGGCGUCCGAGUGGCGGUCAAAGUCGUCGGUUUUCAAAAAUCCAGACGGUGGGUGUUGAUGGAGGUUAUUAUUUUUCGAUCGCGACCUAACGGUUUUGCUGUUCGUGUCCGCGGACAGCUUUUCCACCGGAAAUCUCGGCCCCGUCGAAAACUUUAUACGGGGACUUUUUUGAAGCGCGUCGGCGUCGGGAAAGGCGUUUGUUUUUCGAUUUUCCUUGUAUAGUUUUUUCAAUAACAGUUUACUCGCCGCGAUUCGGUCGAAAACGGCCCGCCGAAUAACCCGCGAUAUCUCGUGCACGUCGCGGAUACCCGCGUCUCGUACACUAAUCAAAACGGGCGUCUUGCGUUUUUUAAACGGCGUUUUGAGGGACAAAAUAUUAACAGUAUUUAUUGGCGUUCGUACGGCGGACGGAUUUCUUUCGAUCGUUCCGUGAAUGUAGACGAGUUUAAAAAUACCGGAGACCUAACAAAAUAAAAACAACCUCGGGGACUAUUUUUACGCCGCCGCCACCGCUGCCCGUACGAAACGCACUUUCGUUUUAUUUUUUUAAUUUCGAGCGCUAAAUCAUCCGUAAAUCUAACUGCGCGGUUUUUUUUUUUUUCCUUAAUUAACCCGCCCGUACUUACCGUGUUCCCGUAACGUACGACCGCGACGUCCCAGAGCCAAAAAAAAAUUCAAAAACGUAUACCUAAGCAACUAGCGAUAUAAAACGUUAAAGCCGCAUUCCCACGACCGGCGCGCUUGCCAAAUACGCCAAUGAUUGAACAUUUGACCAGUGAGCGAUUACGGCGCUCAUCACACCACUGGCGUACUUGACAAGUACGCCAAUACUUGAGUACUUGUACAGGGUAUAUUUUCCGAUCGGAUCGUCAUUGUAUUGCUAUUGUACACCUAUUCAACCGGCCGUACAAUUGUCGGUACUCACACGACACCUGCGGUAUAGAUGCGUCUAGCCGCGUUUUUUAUUCAAUUUUUUUUUUAUUUUUCUAACCGUUAUUCGUUUUUAAUUAUUCGAUUUUAGACGAUUAAUCGAGUUUACCGUACGAAUCGCGAAUUAAAAAUGACGAUUAAACUGUAAUAAUGUUGCAUUUUGUUUCUAUAACAUCAUAUUAUACGCGAAAUUUACAAUGGAAAGAAAAAAAAAUGAUCGGUUAUCCGUAAUAUUAUUUGCCAUGUAUUUCGUUUGAACGUUCGCGUCCGUCGUAAAUCCGCGCGCGGUUUCCGAACGAUCCGUAGGACAAACGACGGACGCGGAAAAAAAACAAAUACCAAUUAUUAUAAAAUUAUUUUCGGCGGGUCGUCCGACGUUAUUUAAAUAGAUGUUUUAAAUAUGAUAUUCGAAACGUGGUCGUCGCGUGCGUAGAAUACGAAACAUUAUAGACACAAAAAAAAAAAAACAAAAUUAACGUUUCGGAAUCGUCUACCGCGCGUUUGUGUUCGCACCGCCGAAACUUUUCAAAACUGGUCGGACGUAACGGUCUGUCGGACAUUUAAUACGUGGGUGGGCACCUGUGAAACCGUGUUCAGUAAAAAGACAUUGUUCGCGAUUUGAUUUUCACCGGUGUCGUACCCGAGGCAGUAUAGAAAUAACUGUACCGUAGGUACGCGGGCGGUUUUUCCACAGGUUCUCGCCGACGGUUUAUACAUAAUGCGAGUCCGUAAACGGACAAAAUUGUUAUAUUGCUAGCUACACGUGUACAUAAAUAAAAUUGUAUUAUACUAUUAUAUUAUUACUCGCUUUUUGUUCGAACGCCCGCGGCGUCCACCGCUGUCCCUGUUAGUUUUAUAAAAACACAAAAUACCAAAUGCCUACAGAUCCGAAAUAAUAACGCGAACGGGAAUGUUCGCAAACCCGAACCCCUAAAACGACCGACGAGAAACUAUUAUCAACGAUGUAUGACCGGCGUGUCAAUUCCUGACGCACAUAAAAAAUAUAAAAACGUCUAAAUCACGUUUUCAAAUGAUAAUUACCGAACCAAUCAAUGUUAAAUAGAUACCUAAUUACGUAGUCCAAAUAAUCCACUCCUUUUCUAAUAACAAAUACGAAAUCUUUUUCAAAUCGAAAACGUAACCUUUUUGAAAUUUAUACAAAUAUGAAUUUUUAUUUAUUAAUUUAUACAUAUAUUAAAAAACAAUUUUUCUACCUAUUUUAAAAAUGUAUCAAUAAUAUACAUGGAAAUUAAAUAAUUUUUGAGGGCCGAUUUCACCAAAUAACACUAAUCACGAUUUAAAUAUAACCGGACAAUUAAAACACGAUUACACUGACCACACGGUUACAUUAACUGUGAUCAACAAAGUUAAUCAGGAUUAACUACAGUAAUACAAAAAUCAAAUACUUUCUAGAAUCUAUUAUCUUUCUAUUAAUAUGGAUAGAAAUGCAAAUAUUAUUACAAAAAAGAGAAAACGUGAACUACCUUUCGAUAACGUAGAAAAAUGCAUCACAACAAAUAAUAUUCUUCAAAAAUCUGCACUGUUAUAGCACAGAGCAAUUUUUUGUAUUUAAGUUGAUAAUAAUAUUUAGGACUUAGAGUACAAAGAAAUGAUUAAUAAACAAAAUCUAGAUAAAAAAUGUUGAUCAAACAUUUUAUAUUGAUAAGAACUACUUAAAUCGUGAUUAACAGUGUUAAGCACCUAAAAAUUUUCUGGUUAGUAUUUAAAUAAAAUUCAGCUUUGACCGAAUAAGGUGAAAUUCAACAAGCAAUUAAACUUUUUUUAAUCGCAGUUGAAAUUGAUGGUGAAGUCGUGCCAAAGUAUAUUUUAACUGAAAAAAAAAAACCAAUGUAAGAUAUAAAUUAGGUAUUGUUUCUAUAACAAAUUGUUAUAAAAAUAACUUUAAGAUGAUUAAUAUAAUAUGAAAUUGAAAUGUAUACCUAUUGUCAAUUUAUACCUCAACUUCAUAGCUUUAAUCCAAAUUAAUUAUAACUUGCAUGAUAUUUAUCAUAUCUUGUGAAAAAAAAAUGAUAAACAAAAAUAAAUAUAUACUUAGUGAUAAAUAUUAUUUAAUGAUAAAAAUAAUAUAUAAAUUGAAAUGCUAAAAGAAUAUUAAAAUAUGUGUCAAUUUAACAUGAUUAUAUUACACAAUUAUAUUAUAAAUUUGUAUUUACAAAUCCUAUUUACAUUGUACAUUUAUUCUUUUUAACAAUUCAACAUAUCAGUGGAAUUUAAUAAGUAUGUUUAAGAAUUAAUAAACAGUUUUAUGUAUAAAUGAUACAAUUUUAGAUUUUAAAUGAAAUAAACUAGCUUUAUUUAUUUGUAACACUUUUCACUGUACCUAAUCAAUAUAAGCAUCACGUUUAAGUAUAAAAAUUAUUAUUAGUUUACCUAAGUACAUUUUAGAUUUGUAUUCCAUACAUUUAGAAUUGUAUGAAAAAUAAUGAUAAUGGAGACAUUGUUAAAUUAAGUGAACAUUUAAUGUGACAUCCAAAUAAAAUAUUUGAUAAAGCAAAUUCAAACUUGUAUGGUUUAUUUAUAUAUACCUCAUCAUUGAAUAAUUGGUCCAUAAGUACAUUAACCAUCAACAUAAUAAAGCAACAACUUUUUUAAUUUGAUUAAAAACUAAAGUUAUAGAUACAACAAGAAAAAUCAACAAAUUAAUAAUAGAUUGAAAUACUUCCAAAUAACAAAGUUAUCUACAAAAUGCUAUGUAACUAUCAGGUCUUCAAAAAAAAAAAAAAAUUCCUUGAUAUUUAUGCAAAAGCCUCGCAAUAAGUAUUAAAAUGGUAACAUAAUCUUGACCUAAUAGUCCAGAUGCAAAAUAAUUAAUUGGUAAAACGUACCAAGGAAAAAUAAUCAAAAAACUAAGGCUUAAAUUAAUAUACAUUUGAAUACAACACAGGUGCAAAUUGAAUUUACCCGAUGUGCAUAGCUUGAAUAUGUUUCAUAAGUUCUUUUCUAUCCUCAAAUAUUUCAUCACAAAUAUCACAAGAAAUAGUUUCUAGGUAUACAGGUACCAUUUCUUCUGUACUUAACUCAAUGUUGGCACCAACUUCUUCAACAUAAUCUGAAUCAAACACCAGUUCAGUCUCAAUCAAACAAUCAUCAUUCACAGUUUCCAUAGUGUCUCCUCGUGAAUCAAAUUCAUCAUUGUCUGGUAUGUAAUAUUCCACUUCGUCUUGAUCUGUAUAUUCAACGUUACGUAUGUUUUCAUAGUCUUGUUCUUCAAACUCAUCAUUAUCAUUCUCAGUUUUAAUAUUUGAUAAAUCCGUAUCCACUACAGAUAUCUGAUCUUGUUCAUCUGGAUUAUCAUUCUCUUUGGAUUCCUCUCCAAAUGAUAAUUCAAAAGUUUCUGGAUCCAUUUUUGAACAAUAAUAAGAGACAGUUGAACAUGUUCUAGUACACUGGCCUUCCUUAACUAUAAAGCUUUGUUUUUUAAACUCUGGUUUAGUAAAGUUACAUUUUGAUUCUGGAGACACUUCCUUAGAUGGUGUUUUUGGUUCAUGUUUCAUCACUUUGCCGUUGACAAUUUUAUAGGUUUGAACUAGUGAAGAUUUGCUGGGACUAACCACAGGUUCACAUUUAUAUGACUGAUCAUUACUGCUCAUAAUUGACUGUACAGCUUGCUCUUCAACUGAAGGCAUUGGAUCGUCUUCACAACUCUCUGUUUCUGACUGACUCGACAAAACUGUAAAGACUUUUUCUACUAAACACCAAGUAUCUUUUCGAUUGCCUAACUUGCUACGACGUUUGUAUUUUCGAGGUCCAACCUUAAAUACAAAAUUAUAUAAUAUAGUAUUAAUUAUUUGUAUAUAAAAUGAAAAGUAACUUACAGGGACUACUCUGGAUUUUGCAGUAUUUUCGUCACUAUGUUGUACUAAAUGGGAACAAAGUUCCGUUGCAGAUCGGAACAAAUAGCCACACACUUUACAUUCGUAAAAAUUUACAUUUGCACCUCUUGCCUCAUUACCAGCAUGAUGUGCUCUGAUGUGUUCACGUAAUACAACCUAAAGAGAAAAUAUAUAAUAAAAUUAUAAAUGAUUGGGUAAAUCCUGAAUACAAGUGAGUGUUUGAAUAGAUUUUUACUCGUUGAUUAAAUGCUUUUGGACAGACUGGACAAGCAUAUGGUUUUUCACCGGUGUGAAUUCGUUCGUGUUUUCUGAGUGUACCACCAUCCGCAAAAGCUUUAUCACAAUAUCUACAACCAUACGGUCGUUCUCCCGUAUGUAUUCGUAUAUGUAUUUGUUGAGAUGAUCUAGAUCCAAAAACCUAAACAAAAGAAGUUAAAUUUUAGAUAAUAAAUUUUGAUUUAUUAAUUUAAUUAAUUUUACACAAUCCACACAACAAUAAACAAUCAACUAAUUCAGAUAUAGCUUAUAUUUAAUAAAGGAGUAAUAUAGAUCUAUAAUUUCUAGGUACACAUAUGAAACAAUUGAAAGCAUAUUUUACUGGUUUUCUAUUUAGUUUAAAAGGUAUUUUUGUAUUUCAAAAUUUUAGUUCUCUGUUUAUUUAAUUAUUGUUUUUUUGGUUCAUCUCAUUGAAUAUAUUAGAAAUGUUGGUAUUUAGCUGUCACAGUUUUACUAAAAGCUAAUAAAAAAAAAAACAAAAAUAAACCAAGAUUUGUUAAACGAAACCUUGUUGGGUAAUAGGGAAAACCAAGAUCAGGCAUUCAUGGAGUAUCAUGAGCAAAACCAUAAAAAUAACAAACUUUAAAUUACUACCUUAUCUACCCUACCCUAUUUUCAAUCUUACAUUGGUGACGCAAUGCUUUUGCCUCCAGAAUUUAAAUUUAAAAUAAUAGUAAUUUUUAAGAGUUGAAAUCCCAAUUUUUUUUUUUUUUUUGGCCAUUUCUUCUUUCACUUCUUUAAUAAGUUACUAAAAAAAAACUUCAAAAUCAUUGAAGUUUUAAAAAAAAAAAAAUGAAAUUCUUGGAGGUCAUUGUAAAAUACACUUUAUAAAUUAUAAAAAAAUUAAAAAGUACUCACUUUGCCGCAACUUGCACAAGGAAAUACUUUUUCAGUCAAUGAAUUUUGUGUAACACUAACAGUAUUUGCAUGACUUGCUUUAUGAUUAAUAAGCGAUCGUUUAUCAGCAACUUCUUCUCCGCAUAUGUCACAAAUAACUGCUUUUUCUCGGUGUGUUACCAUAUGUCUAUAGAAUAAAACAUACUUAUUUUAUUUUAUUUAUAUUACAUAUUUAAUUUUUUAAUACAAUAAAAACCAAUUGAAAUGUUAAUAAAAAUAUUUUAUAUUAAUUAGCUAAAAUAUUUACCUUUUGAGACGCGCCCUAGAAUGGAAUCUUUUACCACACAUUAUGCAUUUAUUAUCAGAUGUACCAUGAAUCAAUAAAUGUUUUUGGAGAGCUUUAUCAUCUCUACAGUGUUUUCCACAUAACUUACAUGAAUUUUCAGAUAAUGAAUCAUUAUGCAUUUGAGACACGUGGUCAGUCAGCUCAUCAGUACUAUCAAAUGUUUCAUUACAAAUUAAACAUUUUGAUUUCUAAACAUUAAAUAAAUCAAGUUAAUAAAAUAUAUAAUACAUAAAAUGUAUGUAUUUAAGUACAUACUUCUGCAAUAUUGGAAGAAACCAAAUGCUGUUCAGUGUGAACUUCUAAAUCUGACAUGGAUUUAAAAAACAACCCACAAUGUAUACACAUAUGCGCCUCUUCAUAUGUUUCUUCUUCAACGUUUCCGUGUUCUUUUUGCAUAUGUUGUCUAAUGUGAAAAUCAUUAAAUUAAAUUAUAUAACUCCUAGGUUUUUUAAUAGUUACUAUAUCAUUGUAUAUCACAGUACUACAAAUUAACAAAAUCUAGAGUUUAAGUCUUAUUAUUUAUAAUUAUGUAUGUCACAGAUAAAUCAAUCAAAUUUCAAAGAUAUUUAACUAUUUUCUAUCUAUUCUUUAAUGUAACUAUUGGGUCUUGGGACUUGUUGCACUUAAAAUUCACAAAAAACCAAUUAAAAAUGUCAAAAAAGCACUUCAAAAAAAUAAAUUGUAAAUAAAAUUGUACGUACUAUAAAAAAAUAACUUUUGAGAGUUAAUGAUUUUCGUAGCGUUGAAAAUUAUAUUUAAUAAGUUAGAAUCAUUAGAGAAAGGAUAUUUAAUCUCUUCUACAACUUUUUAGGUUUUUGAAUAUUAUUCAAUUGCUUCUUUAUGGAUUUUAGGUGCAAUAAAUUCCAAACCCAAGUAAUUAUUAAAUAAUUUCCUUCUAUAUUUUAUUAUUUCUUUUUUUCUAACUAACCUUUGAUGACGUUUUAAAAAAUCAAAUCUUUGAAAAACAUCUCCACAUGAUUCACAAGGGUAAGUGACAUUGUUUGCAGUACUAGAUAAUAUUGUAAGCUCAUAGGUAUCUGAAUUUGAUUUUUGAGUAGUUAUAAUGUUUACACCAUCAUCAAUAUGAUGAAUACGGGCAUGGUUAAGAAGAGCCUUUUCACGGGUAAAAGAAAUUCCACAUGGGUUACACGUGUGUGGUUUUGUAAACAACUCGGAGUUCCAACCAAGUGUCAUCAGACGAUCUUUCAGUGGACGCCCCCUUCCUCUACCACGACCUCUUCCACGACCACGGCUUUUUGUAUUUUGAUCCUUAUUAUCUCCUUUAUCUUCAGUAUCUUCACCGGGUGUAACACUACGCCUUUGUAUUGGGUCCAUGAACAUUAGCUUAUUCAUUGCUUUUGAAACCGAUGCAUUUUGACUAUCUACAAAAAUAAAACCAUACAUUACCUAUAGUAUAUUAUAGUUUUAUAUUAAUAACUUAAGUUUAAACUUAUUCAUUAUUAUUAAAUCGAUAAUAUUCAAAAAAAUUAAAACUGUCAAUUAUGUGUACCAUUUUCUGCUUGAUCAUCAGGAGCUAUGUGUAUAGUCAUAUGAUUUGCUAAAUCACAUUUACGUCGAUAACGCACACCACAUAAUGCACAACAAAAAGGACGUUCCGACUGAUGAGUGACCAUAUGAUUCAUGAGAUGUGAUUUUCUAUUAAAUCUUCGACUACAAAAAUCACAUGGAUAUGGAUUAACAGUAGAUGAUGCUUCUUCCCCUUCAGGUAUUGGGAUAUCAACAUUGUCAACAUUAACUGAUGAUGACAUACAUUCAACUUCUGCAUCUAAUAUGCUAAAACAAAAUAAAUAUAUAUUUAUUAAAAAAAACUCGGAAUAUCAAAUACAGAUUAGUUAUAGUAAAAUUAAAAACAAUAAAGAUAAAUAAAUAUAAUAUAAAACUAUAUUUCUUUGAACAUAUAAUCUAAUAAGAUGAAAUUCAAAAUUAAUUAAACUAAAGAAAAUUGUAUUCACAGUACCAUAAAUGAAAAAAAUUAAUUUUACCAAAAUUAUUAAAUAUUCCUAAAUAUCAUCAAGUUUAAGUUAUAUACUAUGCAACAAUAACAAUAUUAUAACAAUUAGACAAAAUUAAUGUCCCGAUGAACUCCUAAUAUGAUAAAUUAAGUAAAAAAUAUUACUACAAUGCUAUCUGUUGGAAAAACUCACUUAUUAAUAUUAGAUGAUUCCUCUAUAUUCCAACUUUGAGUGACAAUUUCUUGCUCAGGACAUUCUUGAACUACAACUUCUUCUUGAACAUUAAAAUAAUCUUUAAAUUCUUCAUCAGUACCCUCAAAUAAUUCCUCGGGUUCUUGUUUCAUUGGAUUUUCUGUCUCCGUCUAUGUUUAUAAAAGACUUGUUACUAUUUUAAAAUAAAUGGUACCUAUUGCAAAUGUUAUAAUACCUUAAAAUUAUCACUGAAUGAAGAUAUGGCAGCUAAAUACUGCAAUCCAUCAGCAUAUGGCACGGAUUCCAUGACUGCUCUUGUCAUAUGGUUCAGGUCAUUCUUAGGUAAACCAUUGUUAGUGAAAUAUGAAGACUCAAUAGGUUGUACUAAACAAUUUUCAGAAGACAUAGCAUCAGCAAAAUCAAGUGAACUGUAAUAUUCUGUCUUAACGCAAUCACCAUCAGGAUAUAAAACAUUGUCUGUUUUAUUGGAAUUGAGUAUUUGGUUAUCAGUAUGAAUGGACACAAUUUCUUCCACCAAGUCAGUUUCCAUGGUUAAACAGUUAAGGAGCUAUCUAAAAAGAAAUAUAUCUGCCUUCUAAAUUUGAGCAAAAUCCUGGAUCCCGAAUAUAAUGUUCAUUAAACCCAAACCAACCAAGUAUUCGUAAAACAUAUAUUUCGACGUUAGUACGUCUCGAAAUAUAUGUUAAAUCAGUGGACGAUAAAUGUCGAGUCAUCGAACAAGAGUCGAAAAACGAGAAAACGUUCGACGCGAACAUCUUUAUUCAACAGCUACCAAUUCCGGAUUGGCCUGGAAUUCUAAAAUAUUCUAUUAAUCUAUCAUCAAUAAUAUAUGGUAACAACAAUUUCUUACCAAAAACCUAACCCUCAACAGCUAUAACCUAAAAAAAUUCAGUCUUUUCCUCCAAUUAUAUUUAUUUUUCAUGGUUAGUUUUUAAUUGCGAUUUUCCCAUUUCUGUAUAUUUCAUCCGAAAUGACGUAAACGAUGCACGACCCACAGCCCGUAGGCAACAUUUAUAACUAGUUCGAUAGACAAUAAAAGCGUCCUGUCCCAGAAACAAGUACAUGGAUAAAAGGCUUCGCACAAAAAUACCCCGAAAAAGUCCUUUCAUUCGACGGGAAGUGACGAAGAACGAACGUGUCGUUGGCGAUGGCGGACAUGUUUGUCUCGUAAAUAAUUUUGUCCCUAACCUAAUAAAAUUUCGACAAUGACAAAUUUACUCACCCUCCGUAAACUUUUCGUCGUACGUCUAUCGAAUGAUGUUAUUCCUGACUACUUUCCGCCGUAGAACGCGUAUUUGAACACGAAAACAUCGAACGACAGCGAUUCGACGCCAUUAUCGGUGCAUUCUAUAAAAUUCCUUUGUGGUCCCUCCACCACUCAUCCACCGCAAAUUACGGCGGGGGACAAGGGUAGACCCCCGCAAAGAUACCGUUCAUGGAAUAGAAACAUAAGCCAACGUAAGCAUAGAUAAUAAAGACGUCAGCCAUAGAAUAAAAUAUAUAUCUAUAAGGUACCGUGUACGUUUUUCCUGCAACUGUUUUACGUCACUGACGACAACCUAAUUACACAACGCGCUGUUGAAUAGUCGAAUUUUAAUAAAACAACGCGUAUGCAAUUUUGGGUCCACAUUCAAGUACAUUUUCAAAGAAUAAUUAACAUAUAAACCGUUAGGUUUCGAAAACGCAAAAAAUGAUUAUCCCAUUGGCCAACUCUCCAACGGUGGGAGGUAAAUCGUUAAAAUGGCCACCUUUGUCUGUGUCAAUCCACACAUAAUACGUGACAACCAAGACUGAUAUCGCUUGGUUUUGUUGUUACAAUAGUUCUGUUUUGAAUCUUUCCUACAAUACAUGUUAUCGCAAUCAUAAUAACAUUAGAUAAUCCAAAGUAACUUAUUACAAAUUAUAAAAUAUUAAAGUAGGUAAUUCAAACAAACCCGUUCAUCGUUUUCAAAACAUCAUUUAACAUUUGUAACAUUUACUUUAUCCAUAAAUUCAGCAAUUAUGAGUUCUGUAAGUAGCACGUACGGUUUAAGGUUUUACUAACUAUUUUUGACAUUGUUUUGUUAUAGAUAUCUAAUGUCGAAAACCUUUCACCUCAAACUAUACGCAGGAUAGUUAAAGAACAAGAAGAGUUAAUAAAAGAUCCACCAGAAGGCAUUCGAAUUGUCAUUAAUGAUUCUGAUGUCACCGACAUACAAGCAUUCAUUGAUGGUCCUG